AUGCUGUGUUACAGAUUAAGUGCCACAUGUUUAACCCUGUUUUUAAACUUUUGCAGCAUUCAGGUGGAGGUCAAAGGUCGUGUGUGUGUCAUGACCCCAAGGGAGCAGCUGAGGAAGAUGACAGCGCUAGGAGAGCAGGGAGCUUUGGAUGAGAAGCACUGGUACCGCCUGGUCAACGGCAUGUCAGCUGGAGAGCUGAGGCAGAGGCAAGAGCUGAUAAUGAGGAACCAGAUGGCCAUGGCUCCACAGAUCCUCGCCCAGGGGCAGCAGAGGUUACAGGGGGUCCCGGCGCAGUUCGAGCCUCGCUUCAUGGAGAGAGAGAUGGUUCCGCCCUCUGAGAUGGUAGCUUCUGAGGCCAGACAGCAGAUGCACAUGGGACCACACCUGGGUCCACCUCUACCGCCUCACGCCAACGUCAUGCCUGGGAGAGGUUUCCCCGGAGCAGCUGGCUAUGGCUUCCUGCCCUCCGAGCCCAUGGAAACAGUGGCCCGACGUCAGGAGUUCAUUCACAAGCAAAACAUUGCCAGAAUGGAAAUGAACGCCAUCCUGCACCAGAAGGAGCUGGAGAACCACCAGAAGGGACUGAUGGGAAUGGAUAAUCCCAUGUCGUACCCUUCCAACCACAUGGCAUUCAGAGGUCGUCAGCGCAUGCCAGACGGCCACGACGUCUUCGUCCACCGUCCCACCCUGGACGAACUGCACUCCAACAGCAUCCUCAUGUCAGCCAGCCCGUACCCGCCAAUCAGCACGCUGCACAGAGAGAGGGGGCGCAGGGCCGGCAGGAGGCCCACCGCUCACAAGAGCACAGAGAGCCAUGUGUCCAACCUGAAGGGCCAGACUGAAGAUAAAAGUGUAGAGCAGAGCCCGGGAGCCACGUCAGGGGAGGAGAAAGAGGUGGAGGCGAAGGGGGACAUGGGAGAGGAGUGUGCCACCAGCAAGACACUCCAUCAAGUAAAAAUAGACUCUGAACUCGCUGCAGGAAGCAGGAAGAACUACAAAGAGGGCGAGCCGGGGCUGCGUAAAGGCUGUGUGAACAGCCAGGAUGGGUCAGACGUGGCCAACAGCGGCACAAAUGAUAAAGACAUAUCCAGCCAGUGUUCAGCUUUCCAGGAGAAGUUCAUGUAUCCAUCUGCUGGUGGAGCACUCACGGGCAUGCCUUACAUGUUCCCAGUCCCUGGAAAUGGUUUCCUUCCACCUGGUCCACCGAGUCUCUUCCUUAAUGGUGACGAGGUAUCUGAAGACGUCAGGAAGUGGACAGUGAAUGAUGUUUACAACUUUAUUAACAGCAUACCUACAUGUUCAGAAUAUGCUCAGACGUUCAAGGACCACAUGAUUGACGGAGAGACGCUGCCUCUCCUGUCAGAGGAGCAUCUACUGGACACACUGGGGCUCAAACUGGGACCAGCUCUCAAGAUCCGCUCACAGGUGUCCAGGCGUCUGGGCAACAUGCUGUACAUGAUGAACCUGCCGAUCAGCACUUCCGCCCUGCAGGCCACUCCCGAGAAGCCUGCGGACCGCUCAUCAGAUAUCGGCUCCCCUGUUAACUGCAACAGCGAGGAGAUGUUGGCGAGUCCAAGAGACCCUGAUGUCCUCAAAUCAACAGAGCACCUGCACGACACAGAAAACAAUUCUCCUCCGUCUGCCAGCAGUGAAACAGCCUGAUCAGAACUGAUAACGUGGACCAGACCGGGCCCUGUCUGCACCUGCACGGCUCUACCUGAACUCCACUGUGGUGGAUAUGUUUACAUAAUGAUUAACUGGAUUGAAGAAGCUUUUUUUACCAUUUGCUACCUGGACAUUUAAUGCACAGGUUCACAUUAUAGCCCAGGUGUCUGCUAAAUAUUUGUAUUUUACAUAUAUGUGUGCAUAUAUUUUUAACAGUCGGGUGAAACAGAUGAGUUAUGAGAUGAUAAGAAGGUCCAAUAUAAUUGUUCUUUUCUUCUUCUUUUUUUAUUACAGGCCUCUAAAUGUCUGAUUGUAGCUUUAAACUUAUUUUGUAAGCUGCUAAGUGUCAUUUUUCCUGUAGGCUGUCAUAAGGGCCAUAGAAAUAAUAUGGGAAUGGUUUUCUAAUCAAAGAAUGAAAUUUGAGAUGUUUGGAUGUUUGAUAACCUUUUGUGUUUGCUGGAUU